AUGGCCUCAAGCAGCAACACUUUUUCUCUUCGUAAAGUUUAUGAAAAUGAGAUUCAUGAAUAUUAUCUUCUAAGAAUUAAGCACGCAGCUUCUCUCUCUCAUCACAUGGCCUCAAACAACCCCUCUCUAAAUCAAUUAGAAGAACUAUUUCACCGCAUUCCUGCAGUGGCCAGUGCCUACGCUGCGGCAGCUUCAGCUGCCCACACCGCUGAUGCUGCUCACACCAUGGUUGGCAACUCCGUUGCCGCUGCUGCCCACGCCACAUCCGCUGCUGCCCACGCUAAAGCCUCUGCUGCCCACGCCAAAGUCUCUGUUACCCGCGACAAAGCCUCUGCUGCCCAAGCUGCCGACGACGCCGACGCUGCCCAAGCUGCCGCCGAUGCUGCUGCAGCCCACGUCGUUGAUGGCAAUUCCCACGCCACCUCCGCUACUUCCCACGCUAAAGCCUCAGCUUUUCACGCCGCCGCAGCUGCUGCCCACGACAAAGCUUCCGCUGCCCAAGCUGUCGCCGCCACCGCCGCCACUGCCGCUGUUGCUGCCCAUAUCGCUGCUGGCUACUCCGUCGUGGCUGCUUCCUUCGCCAAGGCCUCUUCUAGCCACGCCAAAGCCUCUGCUGACUACGCCAAAGCCUCUGCUGACCACGCCAAAGCCUCCGUUUCCCACGCAAAAAGCCUCUGCUGCCUAAUUUAUGAGAAUGAGAGAUGUAAUGUUUGA